CCUUGCUGCAACUUUGAUCACUUGACCAAGAGCAGUCAGAGAGUUGAAACGUUGUUAAUAGCCAAAAUGGAUCACGACAAGCUUAUCAAGCCAACAGUCUCUUAUCACUUGUUUCUCUAUCGUGUGGAGUUGGCGCGUCGCCAAUCUCGCCAAUUGCGACUCUCCAGAACCAAGAUUGAGAUUACGGAUGAGCUGAUCUCGAGAACGGUGAAGAACAUCAAGACUUGCAGCAUGGAUGAUCUAAAGGCUGUGAAUCGUGAGCUGCUCUUUAAGCGCAAGCUGCGACAUAGCGUGUCCAAGCUGCGAAAACAAGCUAAAUUAAUGAAGUCCUAG